AGAAAAUGGUCCACGACUAAACUCGACCCGCUACCAGAGGAGAGAGAGAGAGAGAGAGAAAAAAAAAGAUAGAGGAAGAAAAAAAGAUAGAGAGAGAGAGAUUGUGUUUAUUGAAAGCGCGAUCAAGUGGGUCCCAACGAUGAGCACGGAAGAUACAUCUCCGGCAGCGGCAAUUACACGGUGGAAGUUCGAGCUAUCACGACGGUACCAACACAUUCUCGACAAAUCAACACCGCACGUUGGUCAGCGAUGGUUAGGUUGCUUUGUGGUUGCAAUGGUUUACGUUCUUCGCGUCUACAUGGUUGAAGGAUUCUACGUUGUUUCCUAUGGUCUCGGCAUUUACAUCCUCAAUCUUUUGAUCGGAUUCCUUUCCCCUCAGGUUGAUCCAGAGAUUCUUGAUGCUGAACAUGGUCCUUCGCUUCCUACCUCUGGUUCUGAAGAGUUUCGUCCUUUCGUUCGUCGUUUACCUGAGUUCAAAUUCUGGUACUCAAUCACGAAGGCAUUUUGCAUUGCAUUUGUGAUGACUUUCUUUAGUGCGUUUGAUGUCCCGGUGUUCUGGCCAAUACUCCUCUUCUACUGGGUGGUCCUAUUCACGCUUACUAUGAGGAGACAGAUAGCCCACAUGAUCAAAUACAAAUAUGUACCAUUUUCUUUUGGAAAACAGCGCUACGAUGGGAAGAGGGCAGAAAGCACUAGCCUUUCAGAGGACUGAUUUUUCAGGUUAACUGAAACUUCAUUUGUUUCAUUAAAGUCACAGACCCCACAUGUAGCAUGAUAUCAUUUACAGUAAAUUUUGGCAGCUGGAGCAACAUGAAGAUGUGAUGGCAACUGAAAGAGGUUACUUUGUUGUCUAGUGUGGACAACUAGACAUUCAAUUCCCGGUUGAAUUUUUUUUAGACUUUGGACUUCCUGGAUGUUUUUAAAACUCUAGUAAGAUUUAGCUUUGGGGGUGAGAUAUUGGAGUUUAUAUCAGUUCUUUAUCUCAUUUCCUCUACCUUUAUUUUCUUUAUUUGUAUAGGUGGGCAAAAUGCAUCUUAUUCUUGAAUUUUUAUUUGAAUAACGAGUUUUAGGUAGCUUGAGUAAAGUGAAUCCCAUUCAGCAUUUGCAAUGCCCUUGUUCUGAUGUAUCUCUUGAACUGUUUCCUUUUUCCAGCAUUUGAGGAACUCCCUUUUCUAGAAAUCAGCCCACAUGUUAGUUUUCUUUGACAUGAAA